CACUUCUCUUCUCUUAAUCCUUCCUGUACAAUCAUCCCGACUGUUGCCAAGAAAUAAUCUGCUCUUGAAGCAAACUUACAAAAGAACCACGGCUAAAAUACUCAGGGGGGGGGGAGAGUAAACAAAAAGGAUAUAAAAAAAACUCGAAUGAGCAACCAGCAAGGCCCAAUGAUGGAAGCCCAAGCAGGCCUCGAGGUUGCUAGCCCACGGUACCUAGACAAGUAUCCUGCACCUCCAACGCCGGCAACGCAGAGCCUACUUGGAAAUCCGCAGCACCACCACCAGCAGCAAUACGGCUCGCCAACAUCGCACCCGGCAUCUACCUACACGCCCUCGCAGCAGUACGCGACGCCCUUGCCCCCGGCGUUUUCUUUGGGUGGGCAUGAGCAGCUACAGAACCAGCACCAGCAGGAAUAUGGCAAGCCCGGAAAGAGCGGAGGCGGUGGUAUGCCGUGGGGGAUGCGGCCUUGGCUCUUCGCGCUGCUUGCCGCGCUGCUGGGCUUCGUCAUCGGCGCUGCCAUCGUCGGCGGGGUUUUGGGGUCUAGGGUGGCGGAGCUUUCUAGUCGCCCCGAAACCACCAACACAACAACCUCCCAAGCCCCAACAACCACCAUCACCACCACCACCCGCCCCACCCAAACCGCCACCGCCGACGCCAACAACUUCGCCCCGGCGCUUCGCCCAUCGCAAGUGAACCGGCUGGCGCUCGACUGUCCGGGCGUGGACCGGACGACGCACUCGUCCUUUGACGGCAAGCGCUUCUCGCUCGAGUGCAACGUCGACAACCUGGGCAAGGGGAGGGAGGUCGCGGGGACGAGCAUCGCGGACCUGGCGACCGUGUACGCCUACUCUUACCAGGACUGCCUCGACGCCUGCGCGAGCUACAACCGCAUGGGCUCCAGGUUCGCGGGGAGACCGUCGAGCAUGGCCUGCCGCUCCGCCUCCUUCAGGACCGACAUGAACGGCGACUUUCCCACCGACGACGGCGGCAACUGCUACCUCAAAAAUGCCACCCGCGCGGACGGCAACAAUGGGCUCCCCACCGCUGGCAUCCUCACCGGGCAGCUGCUUUAAAUUUUCUUCUUCUCUUCUUUUCUUUCUGCAGUGCAUUGAAAGAUAUAGAGCAUAGCGACAAUACCCCAACUUAGACAUGUA